AUGAGUCUUGAAAAGAAGCUGCUCAGUCAGGAGUACUCCCAGUUACCUUUCGGUAAUAGCGGGAUUAAACAUUCCCCCGCCGGAUCUUCUCAAACACCACCAGCACCAAAAUCUUCCGCCACUUUUUCUAUAGGAGGCAUGACCUGCGGUGCCUGUGUCUCCGCAAUCACUUCUAGCUUAGAGUCUCUUAACGGCGUUUCAUCAGCUUCUGUCUCUCUUGUCACCGAGCGCGGUCAGAUCGAAUUUGACAACUCUAUCGUCACUGUUCCGGAAAUUAAAGAACGCAUAGAAGACUGUGGUUUUGAUGCCAAGUUGCUUUCGGAAAUCCAUCCACAACCUGCCGAAUCUUCAUCUUCUUCUUCAAAUCAAGCUCCAGCUUCAGAAUUAUCUUUACAAAAAACCGGCGUCAAAAAAUCAGAUACAUUUUCGAUUGAAGGCAUGACGUGUGGUGCCUGUGUCGCUGCCAUCACUUCCGGCCUAGAGUCUUUGGCUGGAGUCUCUUCAGUCGCCAUUUCUCUAGUCACAGAACGCGGUCAGAUUGAAUUCGACAGCUCUAUUAUUAACUCAGAUGAAAUAAAGGAGAGAAUAGAAGACUGCGGCUUUGACGCUCGUCUUUUAUCCGAAACUGUUGUUGAUGAGCCAACACUAGUCCAGCAAACAGCAAUAUUUGCUAUUGCUGGCAUGACAUGUGGUGCCUGUGUAUCGUCAAUUACAAACAAUCUUGAGGCGCUGAAGGGUGUUUCUUCCGUUUCUAUUUCUUUAGUCACAGAACGCGGCUCUGUGGAGUUUGAUCCUAACACAGUCUCAGAAGAUCAAAUAAAAGAGUGUAUCGAGGAUUCUGGGUUUGAUGCCACACUUAUUUCUUCCACAACUACUAACCCUAUCCCAGUUAUUUCUUCAUCAGAUGAACAACCAAAACUUUUACGACUAAAAGUCUACGGAAUUACAAAUACAGAGUCUAGUGAACAAGUUGAGAAUGUUUUGCGACAAGUUAAUGGUGUUAAGGACGCUGUUGUUAAUCUCAUGUCUGAUGAAGCUCAAAUCUAUUACUUUCCAUCUAUUAUUGGACCCAGAAGAAUUGUCGAGGUCAUUCACAAUACAGGCUAUGACGCUAUUUUAGCUUCUACUGCUGAUAAUGCUCUGCAACUUGCAUCUCUAUCAAAAAUCAAACAAAUUGCAAAAAGCAAACGCGAGUUUUUCAUCAGCGCACUUCUGGGCAUACCUGUAUUUAUAAUAUCCCGAUUUGUCCCUAAAGUCAUUCCAUUUUUGGGAUUUUUAAAGCAAAUAACUUUGAUUAAGGGAUUUUACCUUGACGAUGCUAUUUGUCUGUUAUUAACAAUACCCAUUCAGUUUUUCAUUGGUGGCAAGUUUUACACAUCUGCCGCUAAAGCCAUCCGUCACAAAGCACCUACUAUGGACGUUCUUGUUUGCUUAUCUACAUCCUCUGCCUUUUUCUUUUCUUGCUUGUCCAUCCUAUAUGCUGUCUUUACACAAUCCCCUAAACACCCGCAUACAUUGUGGGAAACCCCAGCUAUGAUUGUGACAUUUAUUGUUGGAGGUAAGUACUUAGAAAACAAAGCUAAGGGUCAAACGUCUGUUGCUCUAUCUAGACUUAUCUCUCUAAGUCCAUCUACUGCUACCAUUUAUUCAAACCCUGAAAGCUACACUAAAGCCAUGAAAGAGGACAACUCUGGAGACUCUACUAGCCAUCUCGAAACCCGAGUCAUUCCUACAGAACUUAUUGAAGCUGGUGAUAUAGUUGUUGUUCUUCCAGGUGAAAAAAUCCCUGCCGACGGUACAAUUAUUCGCGGUGAAACCUACGUGGAUGAGUCAAUGAUCACUGGUGAAUCUAUUUCGGUGUCUAAGAUCACGGGCGACGAUGUGAUUUGCGGUAGCAUUAAUGGCUUUGGUCGCAUUGAUGUUAAGGUCAACUUUUGUGGUAGCGAGACUCGUCUUUCUCACAUUGUUCAGCUUGUUCAAGAUGCGCAAACUACAAAAACAAACAUUCAGCGUUAUGCAGAUUAUAUCUCUGGAUAUUUUGUUCCUGUCGUUAUUUUCCUUGGUUUUCUUACGUUUUUUGUUUGGAUGAUUUUGUCCCAUGUUUUAUGCACUCCUCCACCCAUUUUUGAAAGUGAUGAAGGCAAGUUUAUGGUGUGCUUACGAUUAUGCAUUUCUGUAAUUGUCGUUGCUUGUCCUUGUGCACUUGGCUUGGCAACUCCCACUGCAGUCAUGGUCGGCACUGGUGUUGGAGCUAGAAAUGGUAUUCUCAUUAAAGGUGGGGCUGUUUUGGAGACUGCCAAAAAGGUGACAACCGUACUUUUUGAUAAAACUGGUACUCUCACCACUGGUGAUAUGAAUGUUCAUUCUUUCCACAUUGAUAAAACUGCUGCACAAAAGUUUAAUCUUGAUUCUGUUUCCUGGUGGAAGUAUGUGGGUUGCAUUGAACAAAGCAGUGAACAUCCUAUUGCUCGUGGCACCAUGAAGAAGGUUCGGGAGGUUUGCGGGCUUGAUGAAAAUCUUCAAGUUGACGGUACUGUUACCGACUUUGUUGUUAAAGUUGGUUUUGGUGUCUCUGCAAAUGUCAAGAUUGGUCCAGUUACCAGAGCUGUUAAUGUGGGAAAUAUUAGAAUGAUGGAUGAUGAAGAAGUUUCAGGAGUUCCCCAAAGUGUAAGAGAAUUGGAGAAACACACUCAAGGCGAGACAUUGAUUAUUAUGAGUAUAGAUGGCGUUUACGCUGGAUACAUUUGCAUUGCCGAUACUAUUCGGAAAAAUGCUCGAGAAACUGUUUACGCACUUAAGAAACUUGGUCUUUCCGUUGGUAUGGUUAGCGGUGAUCAUCCCUCGGUUGCCAGAAAAGUGGCAAAAGAGGUUGGCAUUCCUUCUCAGUUGGUUUGGGGUGGUGUUUCACCUGAGGGAAAGCUUGACGUUAUUGAUCAACUCCAGUGUUUGGACUUGGAGUCUACCAGAGGAUUCAUCAAUAUUGGAGGUGGUGGUAACGAGAUUGUCGCAAUGGUUGGUGAUGGUAUUAACGAUUCGCCGGCUCUAGCACGUGCUACGUUGGGUAUUUCCAUGGCUGGAGCUUCAGACGUGGCUAUGGAUGCUGCAGAUAUUGUUUUACUCAAGGAGAACUCAUUGUUGGAUGUUGCUGCUGCGUUUCAGCUCUGUUAUGUUAUUUUCAACCGCAUUCGUCUCAACUUGCUGUGGGCUGUUAUUUACAAUGCCAUUAUGAUUCCCAUUGCCAUGGGCUGUUUCUUGCCUUUAGGUAUUGCCAUGCACCCUGUUUUUGCUGGAGCUGCUAUGGCCUUUAGCAGUGUCAGCGUUGUGUGCAGUAGUUUGCUGCUUCAGCGCUGGAAGAGACCCAAAUGGAUGCGUGAACUUUACGUGGCCACAAACACUGAUAUGCAAUCCACUGAUGCCCCACAGGAUAGUUUAGAUAAUGAGCCUCUGGAGUCAGCACCUUCAUCUCCAAGUGAGUCAAAGCCAUCAUUGUUUCAACGGAUACGAGGACUUAUUCGUUGGCCGUCCAAGACGACUGCUUCUCAGCACCAGUAUACUCUUCUUCCCCGUUAG